CAGGCACAUCCAGAAGAGCCAGGCUCCCCAAAUCCCACACUUCCACCUGCCCAGCCCCCAAAAGCUACGCUGGCAUUCUCCUCUUCUUCACUCUCACCCCCCCACCCCAAACACCUGCUCUGAAAGAAACUCUUCUAUGUGAGAGACUGUCCCUGAAGCCUCUGACUCCCUUCCGACGCAUCGAUAUUGGAGGGUGGCAGCAGUGCGCUGAAGGACUGAUAAAAAAAAACAGGAGGGGAAACAGAUGUGCAGAAAGCUGAGACGGACAGAAGGAAGUAGAUUUUUUCCUUCAUCUAAUUACGGACUGUUCCCUGGGGCUGUAGACUGUGGCCCGAUCCAUCGGCCAGAGAACCAAGGCCCACUGGGAGGCUGCACCCCUCUGCAUUCCAGGAUAAACAGGACACACAGCAAGGGGUAUGUGUGACCAACCUGGCACCAUCCAUUGGCCAGAGAAGGAACGGCUACAGGGGAGCGUCUUUUGCCCUUCCCUGCCAGAAAGAAUACCAGACAUUGUGAGACAUCACGAGGUUCCCUUCAACACAAUCAGAACCAACGUGGAAGAGCUGAGGGGGUCCGGAUUUGGGACACAUCCCAGAUAUGAGUGUUUUGUGGCUGAAGUCUCUCCUGACCAAAAAAGCAAGGAAGGUUACACGCUGGUUGGGUCUGUCCUGUCCUCUUACACCUAUAACUGCUGGAGAGGGAAAAAUCUCUACAUGGACAAUUUGUACGUCAUGCCAGAAUUUAGAGGGAAGGGUAUCGGGCAGUUGCUAAUGGAGCGAGCGACACAGGUCGCCUGGCAUCGAGGAUGCACGGAGCUCCAAAUGUGCAUUUCCUCCACGAAGGGAGGGAAGGAAAAAUUCCUCGCCUGGCGCAACGCCGAAGACCUCACUCUCAAAGAAGGGUGGAACCUCUUCCAGAUAGACACCAACGUGCUCUGGAGAAUGGCGGCUCAGAGCAAAUUUUAGCAGCAGACGGGCAACGUUCGUGGGGCGUGAUUUGUGGACAGGGGGCUGUGGCUGGGAAUUGGUUCUGGGCAGAGAAAGGCAGCUAUUAAAGUCCACCGGGUCCAAGCUCCCAACUUUGUUUGAAGUCACCUGCAUGCAGCAUAAUCAA